CCAGCCUCUCUCUGUCUCUGUCUCUGUCUCUCUCUCUCUCUCUUUGGCUCUGGGCUUAUGGCUUUGACCUCACUCUCUACUGCACACACACACACACACACACACACAUUUUACGUCUCCCUGUUUACUGUCCUCCCCCCUCAGGCAGGUCAUCCGUUCAUUGUCCCUCACUCUCAGGUCUGUCUCUGUGUGCCUAAAAUAAAGCCACACAGCUUCCUGUUCUAGAAAUCGUCCACAGCUACAGGACAGAUUACACACUCCACUUGCGUCCCUUUGGAAAUGUCAGCGUUGUCCAAUAAAAAAAUGUUGUUUGACACGUAAUACCCAGGUUUUCACUGUCAACCAGUCACUUGACUUAAUGUGUGUCAUUAUACUGUAUGCUUGUGUAAGACCCAGUUCAAUUUGUGGGCCUUUUGCAAGCAAUAGACUCUAUAAAGAGACGAGGAGAAAGACAGAGCUUCACUGUAUAUGUGCCUUGUGUGACCAAAAUACUGUCAACCAACAGACCGUGAAAUGGGGCCAAAUAUCUGACAUUGGGGUGAGAUGGUUUCAGAUAUUUUGUUUUAAAAAGAAGACAGAUUUUAACAGAGUGGUUGAGAAAGAGUCCAUUUGAGAGGCAGGUAGAAAUCAAUGCAGGGGAAUGUGGUUCUAGUGAAGCAGUCUUGUUAAGCGGUGAUGGAGGGAUGGGACAUGGGAUACUCUCUUUGGGCGGAGAGAGGGAUGAGAGGAGGAGGAGGAGAAAAAAGCUUUUAGACAGGGGGUCUCGGAAGCUCCUGCUGUGAUCUCGGGACAACAGAGCAGCACUAUGGGGACAAACAACAACCGCUCUCUCUCAAGUUCUCUCUUUUCUCUCUUCACAUGGCGGUCUCUCCCAUGCUCUCCUUUCAUAAACACCUAUCAUGUUCCAGUGUCUGGAGAGCAACAGGAACAUAAGAACAGCAGUGUGUGUAUUUGUGUGUAGAUGACAUCAUCCACUUCCAUUUCCUACAGUAUUGUGUCACGCUAUCAUGUGUAUACCUAACUAUGUGGUCCUAUAGUUUCUUGAGCAGAAGACAGUCAAGCAGGACUAAAAGCACCUGCUCCUAUAAAGUGUGUGUGUGUGUGUGUGUGUGUGUGUGUGUGUGUGUGUGUGUGUGUUUUGGUUGUGUGUCAGUAGGGAGUGGGGGAGUGGUCUUAUGUUUUGUUUUGCUGAAGGCAAGUUUUCCUCUUUCCGCAAGGAGUGGAAAGGAAGGUUUCAGGUUAAUAUUGUAUGAUAUUAAAGAUAAUUCUACAUUCAAAACAUUCAAUCAAAAUGUCUAUAGUGUAAUUCCUCCGAGAGAUUCUAGCAUGCUUAGUAAAUAGCUCUUUGGUAUCCUUUGUUAUUUUUAAAUCAAAUGCCUCAGUGUUUCAGUAUAGAAGCUAUUUCCAGCCACUGUACCUGUGCUGCACUUUGAAACAGUAACAGAGAGACUGAGCAUUCAAAAUGUCAUGACAUUUGGUUGAGAUCAAAGAGUGUGCUUUGUGUGGACGUAUGGAGUCAUUAACUGGAGCUGGCAGAGGUUGAAUUGAAACGUUGUGUAUUGUUUGUGCCGACAGCUUUGUUGCCCGGCGGCUCAUUGCUGUGGCUGUGCUCUGAUUUAUUGCUAUUCCAGAAAUCACCUGUCAGUCACGUAGUGUGAGUGGGUGAUGUGAUGUCCCUUCCCUUUGCACUGUAUCAGCAGAAUGUGGAAUGCUCACCAAACGUGGAGCACAGAGCUCAGUGGUUUACAACUGAGUGAACACAGUGAGUGGCAGGGGAUUUAAACAACAAGCCCAGUAAAGACUGUGUUUCAGUUUAACAGUUUCCAGAAUGCACUGGAAAUGAUUGUCCUUUGGAGAAUAAGUUCAGUAAGAACCCAACUAUGAAGACGGGUUUGAGGCGUCCAUCACUGGUCAUGUUAUCUUGUGUUACAGACAGCUGUAAACUCAGCUGGUUGUACUUUGAAAGGUCUCUGACAAAUGUGGUCAAAGUUUAUUAAACGUAUUGAACUUUGAGGCAGGCAAGGCAUAAAAUCCAAGUAAGAUGUAACAUCCAAGAUAGCGCUGCCUUUAGGUUCAGUGUCGUCGCUAUCUCUGUGAGAAAAGAAAAGCUCAUGCCGGGCAAAGCUGAUCAUAUGCAGGUAGCUCUGUUCACUCUCAACGCUGAUUACUGAACUCUUGUGUUUGUUCCAAGCAAGCUGGAAAUGUUAACCCUGAAUGUGAGAUAAAGCCUCAUCAUGCUGUAUGUAAAAUGCAUAGCGGAUUGGCCAGCGAUGUCUGAAACAUCUAUGCAGAGGAACAGAGUGUUUUCAUUCUUCAAACAGCUACUUCUGUCACUUUCCAUUUUUAGAAGCGAGUGCAAGACCCUGAAUACUUUCCAGGAGAGACUUUAAGAGUAUGCGUUAUCAUCCACAUUUUAUCCUACCUCUGAGUGUGGCCAUAGAAGAGGUACACUGGUGUCUUUUUGGUCUGUCAACAAGAGUCCAACCUUCUUCAUUUUAAGCAUACUAAUGCCUUGAGUGUGAGUAUAACAGUACUUGUAACAUGUAUUGUAAAAGCUUGAACUGGAUAUAGAUUGCAUUUAUUUUUUGUUUGAUUAGGCAGUGAGUCAGAUAGAAAGGAAACAGACAUUUAUUUUAGAGUAGAAAAUGCCCCAAACACAGUUUGAUGUAGCUACACUUGACUUGAUGCAUGAAAAGAGCAUGGAAGCAUGUGGUUUUCUCUGUGUUUGUGCUGUAGCCAUGCCCGACUGAUCAAAAUCUAUUUCAAUCUUCACCUCUCUCGCCUAACUAUUUCUGCGAUUGCUAGAUGACGAUAUGUACAGGUUAUUAAAGAGAGCGUCAUUUUGAGAAAGCAGAUGGUCAGUAUGUAAAAGGGUACAUAAGGAGGUAGCAACCUCACCUGCCCUUUCACCACUUGGCUGCUAUGAUCUCUUCCUGCUCUUUACCACAGCUGUUUCAAAACUCCUAAGCCCUGCAGGAGUCUCAGCCACAAACCACAUCCAGCUACAGCUGGUCAGCCAGAGUUACCAUUCCUAAGUAAACCUUCCAAUGAUCAGCUUUUAAGUUCAUCUCCCCUCUUCUCUUCCUUGACCAAUCAGUCCCGCGGGACAUUGAAUAGGAUCAUUUCCCCCUCAUGCAGCCUUGGAUUGUGACAAAGGAAGGAUUUGCUUGCAGUGCUAUCUCUUUUCCGGCCCUCUCGGUGUUUGGAUUCCGAUCCAGUUCCAGCCUUUUAACUUUUCUCAAGUUCUCCGUCUAUCUUAUCUGUUUCAGUUCAGUUCAAAUAUGAGCUUUUGGCAUGGCGUCCACAACAUGCUGCCAGUUUUUCUCCCAAUAAUACCUGGACUUGGAGUCUCCCUGCUCAUCAGUUCUACAUGUCUCUGGUUGCUUCCUCUCUCCAUCUGCUGCCAAUUUUGUCUCGAUAAGCAUUAAGCAGGAUGUUGACCAAGAAAUAGGGUGUCGACUGCCUGUUUGCUGGUGUGGUUCCAUAUUGAGAUGACGCAGCAAAGUGGAGGGACCUCAGAGGGAUUGUGAGUAAUCAGGCCGCUGUUGAGGCAGAUGGGAUGCCUUUGGGAGGCAGAGAUCAGCAGACAUCAGAGCACUGUUUUGCAAGAAGAGAAAAAGAGAGACAAAAAGUAUCCAUCUUGAGUCGUUUAGUUCAUUAUUUAGUCCAUAAAUCAAACAUGUUCUAAACAAGAAAAUCUGCCAACAGAGUCAGAUCAUUCUACUUGAUUCCAAUGGUGUUUCGAAUACAAGACAGAAUAAGACUCUAGCAUUGAGAAAAUCAACACUGAGCAAGUGAAAUAGUAUUUGGAUUACUUACAGACUGGAUGACUUGUUAAAAAUGAGGUGAUUUUGUCAAGAAUAUUAGGUUUUGGACUAAAGAUUUGCCAGUUUCAAUCCGAGAUUGAAAAAUCUAGUCAAGAAAGCCAUAGCAACUACUACUGAAGUGCCCUUGAACAAGGCACUGAAACUGCUUAACUGCUCCCAGUAGUAGAGGUCUUCACUCAACCACACUCAACAUGCACGCAUACACUAAAUAACUUUUCAAAACAAAGAAACUUGAUCCAGAGGAACCCAAGGACAGUCAGAGCAAAUUUGAAUAGACCCAAAGAAUUCCCAAUAGAAGAGCGCGAACACCAACACUGCCAGCAGUAUUUUCGACCGGCCAAGUUCGGGGCCCAGUUUGGGUCUCAGAGGACCACUUGGACCCCUGAAGACCUCUUUAUCCCAGUGGCCCUAUGGUUUCACAAGCCCAAGAACAAUUCACAAGAUAACUUCAAAGCAAUAUCACAGACCAACCAUCCCCACCAUGACGACCCACUCCCCUCACACGGACUUGUGGAUUCUAACUCAAGAUCUGGAUAACAUAUCUCCCCCAUUAGCUUCUAAAUGUCAAGCCAUGUAAUAUCACCAUGCUAAACACAUGCUCUGCCGCUGCCUACUCACUGUUAAGUUUAUUAGGAAAUUUGCAGGAGGCUUUGGACAAUUUGAGUUGAAGUGUUAAAGGACAAUUUCACCAUUAAUACUAAAGCUGUUACUGUUCUAUAUAUAGUAUAUGUUCCUUGGAAUUUUUAUUUGCUUUUGAUGAAUACUGAUCAGUCACAAGUAAAUGAAUCAUACUCAAAUCGCACUCAUGUUACUCUCGCAUUUUUGUCUGCACUGAAUGCAUCUGUAGGGCACUGUACUCAGCACCAGUGCUCCACCCUGUGGCUAAAUGAGAAAACAACCUCUUCUUUGUUGUUGUUUGUAGAUGGUGGCACUUCAAUCAAGCAAUGCUAAUUAGACAAGACACAAUGCUAUCAGGGCUAAUUAUUUUUUCAUCAGCAUUUUUCUAUUUUUCUAUAAAGUGUCCCCUUAGACAUGCAGAGAGUAAGUGUAUGUAUACAUAGGUGUUUCAUUAUGAACUGUGAGGGACAGGCGACAGCACUCAGCUGUGAAAUCCACUAAGACUGUUCGUUUUUUAUUUUAUCUGUGCUGCAUUGGUUGGUUUUCAUUGUCAAGACUGUACUUGGGUCAAAUAAUGCCGAUACAUCAUAUUGCCAUGACGCCUAAACAACCACAGGCAGAUAGGCUAACAGUGAGCGAGUAUAUGACUGUGUGGAAUAUAUGGAUCCCUCAUCUACAGAAGACAACUUCUGCCAGGAAAAGAAGGGAAAAAAGUGACAAAUUUAGGGAAUGCCUGAUGAAAAGAUGCUAUCGAGUUGCAUUAUGGGAAGUGUAGGACACUGUUUUUCAUAUGGACUAAAAGUCAGGAUAUCUGGGCUCUUCUGCUUUGACAUUAUUUCUGUUGUGAGUCCUCCAACUUUAUCAAAGAGCAAUACAAAGAAUUAACAAUUCCCCUAAAGUAACCAAAACCAACAAAGUGUGUUACAUGGUCAUAACCUGUCCUUGUUUAAUGCUCAACAGGCUGGAGAGAAGCACUACCACCCCACAUGUGCCCGCUGUGCCCGCUGUGAGCAGAUGUUUGCAGAGGGAGAAGAAAUGUACCUACAAGGAUCUUCUAUCUGGCAUCCACCAUGCAGACAAGCAGCCAAGCAGGAGGAGAAGAGUAAGAAGCAGGUCCGGAUACAGCUCAAUGACAUCCCUGAGCAGCAGGUGACCCGGACUUCAUCUGAGAGCAUAACUUCAGUCCCAGCAUCCAGCGCCUCAGGCUCUCCCAGCAGAGUCAUCUACGCCAAACUAGGAGAGGAGAGGCUGGACUACAAGGACCUGGCAGCCCUUCCAAAGACCAAGGCCAUCUAUAACAUAGACAGGCCUGACAUGCUGUCCUACUCUCCAUACGUCAGCUACCCGUCUGAGGAGAGGCACUACGGAGAGUCCCCCCAGCUGCUUUCUCCUACCCCUAAUGAGGGCGAUGGGGAGAAGUCACCCCGUCAGCGGAGGCCCUCCAGCCCCAGCUCUAACAGCUCCCUGGGGGGCUAUGGACGCUACACCCCUUGCCGUUCCCCCCAGAAUUACAGCCGGCCAGGGCCAGAGGUAUACCUUGGUGGUAGACACAGCAGCCAGGCCCAUGACUCCAGUUCUCUCCCUUUGCCUCCAACCCUCAUGGGUGCAAUUAAGUACCCGUCCACCUGGGCCAGGGAAUCAUCUUCCUUCCCUGUGUACUAUGCUGCUGGGACUGAAGGGAGUGGUGGUGAUGGUGGAGGUGGAGGUAGUGGCAAGUACUCGCCCACACCAGUAGGUGGCAUUGCAGGCUUGUCUUUUCACCUAAACCCUACCACCCUGGCCAUGCUGCAGCAGCACAACUACAUCCCUUACUUCAGAGGUAGUGAAAGUGGUCGGAGUACCCCCAGCUUAUCCACCUAUUCUGAUGGCAAAUCCCCUUCCUCUACAUACGUGGCUGCUCCCCGGCAUUUCCACGUACCAGAGACUCUGGUCAAAGAUAAUAUCUAUAGAAAACCCCCCAUCUACAAACAGCAUGCUUCUAGAACAUCCUGGCAGGAUGGGGAGGAUAGCAAGAGGACCAGUUGGAUGAUCUUGAAGAGUGAGAUUGAUGGACAGAUGGGUCCAGAAGACCUGGACCCCCGCAAAUCGACCUGCAGUCUGCCUACUGACACCUCCCAGCCUAAUUUCCCAUACAAUAAGUCUGCAUCCUUACCCGGCUAUGGAAGGAAUGGCAUCUACAAGGCUGCUGAGAUGGUGGAUGAUGAAGUGGACGCAGACUCCCAGAGCUGGGGAGGCAUGAGAGGUGAGAGUGAAAAUAAAUUGACGAUGUUUAUUUCCCGUUCUUUGUUCUGUUCCUCUUUAUGUUAAUGGUUUGCAAGCUUUUGUUAGUGUUGAUAAUCGAUCAGCUUCAUUCCUAAAAUCCAAACAAUACAUACAAUACACUCUGCAGAUACGGCAGACGGUAAGACUUUCUUAUCCUGUUGGCUCUACUCAGCACUUUGGAUUUGAAAUCAAACAGUCUGAGUAAAGUUCUGACUUUGGUGAAGUUAAAAAAUAGACUUGUAGCCCUUUCUUGGACAAUUCAAUAAUCUUAUACAUUGGAAUGUCAAUCAACUAAACUUAAUCCAGCUGCUUCACUGCUGAGGGGCAGACUGAAGUCUGAUAUCAGCAAGAAGUAGAGAUGUUCACAGGUCCAAGUCAGGUCUCAAGUCUUUGAGCUAGAGUCCAAGUCAAGUCUUAAGUCUUUGAGCUGGAGUCCAAGUCAAGUAUUGAGUCGUUGGUUACAAGUCCAAGUUAAUUCUUGAGUCUUUGGUCAAAAAUCCAAGUUUAGUCUUGAGUUGUUGGUUACAAGUCCAAGUCAAGUUUGAGUAUUUAAUCACCAGUCCAAGUCUAGUCUUGAGUGUUUGCUCUCAAGUCCAACUCAAGUUUCGAGUCCUUGGUCACAAGUCCAAGUGAAGUCUCCAGUCUCUUAUGGUUGUAAUGCAUGUUUUAUUAUCUGCUGCAUGCCAUCAAGUUUGCUUACAACACGGCAUAGCUAUAUCUAAGGAAUUCAAGCUUGUACUAUAUCAUUCCGAGUGGAGUAACGGACCAUUGUUGAUCCGUGAUCCAUACGGAUCCACCCUCACGGUUUGACACGCAUGUGAACCGCAGAUUAAUUACACAGUUUAACGUUAAUCAUCACAGUGUGAAAUAAAGUUUUACUGACGAUCGUUAUCUGCCAAU